AAGGCCAAAACCAUCGACGAGAGCUCAAGAAGCGAGAAAGAGAGAUCUGUGGUAACGGAGGAAAUGGGAGGGAGCGAGGCGAGGUGGGAGAGAGGAGGAGAGGAGAGGAAGGAGGCUGUGGUGAUGGAGAAGAAGGAGAAGAAUGGAGGAGGAGAGGAGGAGGGAGGGAAGACCGGGAUCGUGAGAUGGGAGAGGUUUCUGCGGAGGAUGUCGGUGAGGGUGCUGCUGGUGGAGGGGGACGACUCCACCCGGCAUAUCAUCACUGCGCUGCUGAGAAAGUGUAGCUACAGAGUUGCUGCAACAUCUGAUGGCUUAAAGGCCUGGGAGACACUGAAGGAGAAACAUCAAAAUAUAGACCUUGUUUUGACUGAAGUGGAAUUGCCCAAAAUCUCUGGCUUUAGCCUUCUUACAAUGAUAAUGGACCAUGAGACCUGCAGGAAUAUUCCUGUCAUAAUGAUGUCUUCACAUGAUUCCAUCAGCAUGGUUUUCAAAUGCAUGAUGAAAGGUGCAGCAGACUUUCUUGUUAAGCCCAUUCGGAAAAAUGAGUUGAGGAAUUUGUGGCAGCAUGUCUGGAGAAGACAAAUUCAGUCAAGUCUUGGCCAUGGUGUGCAUCAGGAUGGAAAUGCAAAGUGUAAAUUUGAACCUGAAUGUAGGGACCAUUCAACUGAAUAUGUAGCUUGUAUGCAGAAAAAUAGUGAAUACAGUGAGAGAGGGAGUGAUGCUGAAAGCUCUUGUACAAGGUCAGAUAUGGAAGCUGAGAGUGCACACAUGCAAAAUAUCGUGGAACUUAAGCAGCAAAAUAGCAGGGAUAUCUCUUUUGUGGAGCAUACAUUAGCCCAAAUUGGUGAAACACAUACACAGUUAGAUAGUUCAUUGCUGAUGCGCGAAGGUGAAGCUAAAGUAGCAGUGACUAUAAAUGAGGAUACGGUCCCAACACAAUGCCUGAACAAUAAUAAUAUUGCAAGUGAAACUUUUGGCCGAAACUUUGAUCUGGACAAAGCUUCUAAAGUAGUUGUUGAUCUGACUAAUCAACCGCAACCUAACCAUGCACCAAGACAUGGCACUGCUGCUCAAGAUGGCUUCUCAAACAUUGCAGAACGUCUUGGUCAUGAGAAUGAAAUCAUGUGCAAGGAAACUCCCAUGCCUCAUUUGGAGCUUUCUUUGAGAAGAUAUCAGGAUAUUAACCCAGAAAAGCAAGAGAAUGAUGAAUGGGGUAUUUUGAAUCAUUCAAAUUCAUCAGCCUUUUCAAUGUACCACAGCAGGACAGGGGUGCCUACUUUGAUAACACCAAGGAAUUUUGAAACUGAACACAAGGAAUGUAACAGUACUUCAUGUAAACCUCAGCCAGAUAAAGGAUGCGGUAAUGCUCAGGAUGCUUCUCAGUUUAAUGGCUUGAGACAAAAUAUAAGUUUGGAAGAUAUGAAAUCCCUUGGUGUUGGACUUCCAGCUCAAGAUGGAAUGGCAGUUCGAUGUACUCCCCUUCGAGUUAUCCCAUUUCCUGUUCCAGGGGGUUGCAUGUCUUUUGAUAGUCUGUGUGCUGGGUAUGGUCCAGUAAUGCAACCCACAUAUUAUCCACAAUCGGCUCAUCAUUUGUGGAGUACCAUCCUAUCCAUGUGGCAUGGAGCAGCUGUUCACUCAAACUUGUGGCACCAAUCUGACCAGAAUACUCUUGAUUCUCUGCACAGCAACCAUCCAAAUGAUCAGAGUUUCAGAAACCCAACUUCCCAUUCUGCAGAAAAGCAGGAAGAAAUCAAGGAGCUGCUGGAUGAACAGAGACAUGUUUCAUCUGCUACAGCUGAAAGUGGAAGUGGGAGCGUCUGUAAUGGUGGCAGAAGUCAUCUUAACAGCAGUGGAGGUGGAAGUGCUUGCAAUGAAAGUACUGGGCACAUUACCGUAUCCGAAAUUUUCAAGGCCACAACAGAGAGUGGCAAUAAUGAUGGCACAAUUGCUCAUGAAGGGACUAAGCCAAUGGAUUUUCAUCAGCUAAGCCAAAGAGAGGUAGCCUUAAACAAAUUCCGAAUGAAACGGAAGGACAGAUGCUACGAGAAGAAGGUUCGGUACCAAAGCAGGAAACUUCUAGCAGAGCAGCGUCCUCGUGUUAAGGGACAAUUUGUCCGUCAAGUGCAGCUCAGUCCUCAAUCUUUGGGAGCAGGCUGCUACCUUGGUGAUCCAGCUACUGGAUAGAUGUGUGGAGUCAUCCCAGUACCUAGGUUAACUAAUAUUGAUAGUUGACUCAUGCAGCUGCACUAAAUUAACAAAACAUGCCAGCAGGAGUGCCACUAUAUGUAUCUAUUUCUCCUAAAAUUCACGUUUGUUUCUAAUUAGGCUUGUUAUAUUUAUUAACAGGUUGAAUACAGCCAAAGUAGUUGUCAGUGUGUAUGAUGGUGAGAAUGUGUCUGAAAAUUUUUUUCCUUCACUUUUGAUUUUUGACACUGAAUAUCUUCCUUGUGUUGUAUGUAUUUGCAAAAGCGUUGUGAGUGAAAUACCCACGCUGAUUGCUUUUUGUUUCUGUACAAAGGUGGUUUGCAUUACUUAUAAGCAUCUAAUACCUUUCUGUGUGCA